AGCAACUGCGAAAGAUUUGGAGACAUCUGCCGGCAUUGGCCAAAAAAAUCCCAAUCCUAUCUCAACUCUACUUCUCCCCUCCGCAGAAACGAAAAAAGGUAAAACAACACAUCAAUCAUUCUUUUGUAGCACGGCCCAAUCCCCUUCCUCCUUCUAUCUGCUUGUGGCUACAAAAUUCUCAGAAAAGAACCCAGCAGAGCAAAUACAAAUUCUUCACCAUGGGUCCGAUAAAGAUGGCAAUCUGGGACAUGUUGAUUACUUUCAUGUGGGUUUUUUUUGCAUCGACGUUCGGUUUACUAACUUCCUUGAUAGCCACUGCCAUUGGUGUCCAAACCGUAACGUGGGCUCCUAUUGUUAUCACCACUGUCAUCAUUUUCGUUUUCGUUUUCAUCUUUAAUAUUAUCGGUGGAUAUCUUGGUGGGGCUAGCUUUAAUCCCACUGGUACAGCCUCCUUCUACGCCGCCGGGGUCGGUGACGAUAGCCUUAUCUCCAUGGCGCUCCGGUUCCCAGCUCAGGCAGCUGGUGCCGUGGGCGGUGCCCUGGCAAUCAUGGAGGUGAUACCGGAACAGUACAAGCACAUGAUAGGGGGACCAUCUUUGCAAGUAGAUACACACACUGGAGCCAUUGCUGAGGGGGUGUUGACUUUUCUAAUUACCUUUGCUGUUCUUCUAAUCAUUCUUAGAGGUCCACACAGUGAAAUGUUCAAGGCAUGGUUGCUUGCCAUUGCGACUGUAGCAUUAGUUCUGGCCGGUACCUCUUACACCGGACCUUCCAUGAAUCCUGCCAAUGCCUUUGGUUGGGCAUAUGUGAACAGCUGGCACAACACAUGGGAUCAGUUUUAUGUUUAUUGGAUCUGUCCAUUCAUUGGAGCUAUAUUAGCUGCCUGGGUCUUCCGACUUUUCUUCCCUCCGUCACCGGUGAAGGUGAAGAAGGCCUAAGGUGACUUUAUAAAGUUCGUGUUGCCAUCAACAACAAUAGAUAAGCUCAAUGUUUAUGUAAUAAGCAGUUCGUUUUUCAAAUUUUCUAGUCAACUAUUAAUUUCUCCAUCAUUUGUGGAUAAUAUGAAUGAAACAUUCUUGCUGCGUGGCACCUUUUUCCGCCUU